CUACCAAGCACAUAGUGAUCAUAAUAAAGACGUCACUCUCUAACUGAGCCAGUUAAGUGCGCAGCUUUUAACUGUACAACUUCAAUUUCAGCAUGCUUGCGGACGACAUAGGAAUCUUCGGAUCCCAUCGGCGUGUGAACACAAAUACACGGACCCUAUUAUUUACUCCGCGUCCGUAGCGAAGAAAUCCGUAUUUUAUGGUGGAUUUCAAACGGGGAGUUCAACGCUGUAGUGGCGAGCUCAAGUCGCUACAAAUAAGAGGACACGAGGAUCCUUAAAGGACCAUGGAGGAGGCCCCAGAUGUCCCUGUCUCAGACCCAGUCCCGGACCCGGCCCUAAUCCUGACCCCAACACCUUGUUCUGCCUCCAACAUACCCUCCCAAAGCCUGUUGGAGUGGAGGAAGAGGGUGAAGUCUGAGUACAUGCGCCUCCGUCAGCUGAAACGCUUUAAAAACGCAGAGGAGGUCAAGGCCUUGUUCAUGUCCAACCGGCAGAAGAUAGAGGAACGUACCAACCUGCUGAACGAGGAGUGGUCCAAGCUGAGGAUCCAGUCAGUUCCCCUGUCUACCCCAGGUGGAGCGCUACCUGGCAAAAAGUUGUGCAUGGUGGAGUUUGGCUUCCCAGCGUUUAAAGCUCAGGCGGUUGCCAUGCGGCCCCUGACGACCGUGGCAGGAAUCCCCUUCAUGUACUCCUGGUCCCCUCUGCAGCAGAACUUCAUGGUGGAGGAUGAGACGUUCCUCCAUAACAUCCCCUACAUGGGAGACGAGGUGUUGGAGCAGGAUGAGGCCUUCCUGGAGGAGCUCAUCGACAACUAUGACGGUGUCCAUGGAGACAGAGAGGGAGGGUUCAUCAACGAUGAGAUCUUUAAAGAGUUGGUGGAGGCCUUGAGCCAGUACUCCGACCAGGAGGAGGAAGAGGAGGAGGAGGAGGAGGCGGCGGAGGAGAAAGGGGGGAAAGAGGAGGAGGAGAAAGGGGUGAGGAAGAGCCACUCCACCACCACACGCGGCCAGGCCGCAGCACACACACCACCCCACGCUGGUGUGUUGUUACGGGCUUUCCAUCACCCCCAUCUAUUCCGCGGUCUGGCGUCCCCCCCUCGCCUUCACCGCGGGGCCCAUUGUCUCCUGUCCCGAAGGCUCCGUACUGAGCACAGCUCACCCAGCGACCUCACACGCCCACUCGGCCGACAGGGUCAGCACCGGCCCUCCACCCCCCCACCGCCGCUGCGGCACCGACAGCACGGUUCGCCUAUGUGCGCAUGCGUUCCCGGCCUCACGCGCUUUCCCCUCCUCCCUUCUCGCCUGGGCCCUGCUCCCCCCCCCCACACCCCCCCACGACGUCCCUGGGCGGACCAUUCCGACGGCGCCCGGGUGCGGGUAGGUACCCAUUCAUUCGCUCUCCUCCCCCACCUGGGGCCCCCCUACACGGGUGCGUUCGGCAUCCCCUGCUUCACCCUGUUCCCCAGACUGUGUGGCCUGCCCGCCCACCCCACUAUCGUUUACCGCUGA